UGUCUGUCACAUUGACAUUCUACUUUGUUGUGAAUUCUGGAAUGAAAGUUCAACGCAUUUUUUUCCUGUUUUUCUUUAUUAGUAUUAAAGUUAUUCAAAUUAAAUAAAAGUUUAUCAAUGAUGUCAGCCAUAGGACCUGAGUUUCAUAAUUUCAUUAAAAAACUCGAAGACAAUGGCGAUAAAAUGGUUUUGGGGACACCCUUGGAACAACAACCACUUGACUUUGAAUUCAAUAAUUAUGCCUGUUACGUGUGUAACGGGUACUACGGACCGAGUUUCGGAGAGCCAGUAUGUGUGACUUGUCAUACAUUCUUGUUCCCAGACUUUCCGUCAUAUUUCCCAAGUUCGUACUUCUCCAGUGAGAAAACUGACGACGGUGACUCCGGCAACGAUGAGCCUUCGGACCUCAAUUACAGUGCGGAUCGUAAAAUGUAUAGGGCUUGUCAGUUGCCAGCAUGUUGGUAUUACAGGAACUCAUUAGACAGUGAAACAAGCCCAGAAGAUGAGGCAAGUCGCGCCAGUGGUUUGGGAGCCAGUGGGAGCGGCAGCAGUGGGUCGGGCCUGUCUGGCGCGGGGCAGGCGCCGCCGCCGGCUCCGCCCAGCCUAGCACUGUCCCUGCAUGCUCUAUCUACUCCCCGCCCACCAGAAAACCUUGCUCCGGGUCUAGUUGAACAGCUGCCUUCAGAAGUGCUGCUGUGCAUCUUCAGCUACCUGGACGACCUCUCCUUGAGCGCGUGCGCGUGCGUGUGCGCGCGCUGGUGGCGCCUGGUGCGCGCGCGCGUGCCGCCGCCGCGCUGGGCCGCCUUCACGGCGCGCCGCUGGCCGCUGUACCGCCCGCUGCUCACCAACAUCGACUGGCACAAGAAGUACCAGUCGCUGGUGGAGUCGUGCUUCUGCCGCAACUGCUUAGUGCAGAUGUGCGUGCAGGCGCAGCCGGCCGGCGAGGAGAACGCCUGGCGCCGGAACCGCCUGCGGAACGAACUCAAGAUGUUGCGUAACGACCCGCCGGAGGGGAUAGCGGCUACCCCGCUGGACCCGAAGUGCUGCCACUGGCAGGCCAGCGUCACGGGGCCCGACGGCUCGCCCUACGAGGGAGGCGUCUUCUACCUUUACAUUCAAGUUCCAUACGCGUACCCCAUGAGCCCGCCAGUGGUCCGUUUCUUAACUCGAGUGCUGCACCCCAACGUGUCGCGGCACGGCGACGUGGGCAUCGACUCCGUGCACCACAACUGGUCGCUGGCGCUCACUAUAAGCAAGGUGCUCAUCUCCAUCCAGAGCCUGCUCACAGAUCCAUAUACCGCGGUUUGUAUGGAGCCAGAAAUCGGAGAGAUGUAUGUACGGGACCGCGCCAGAUUCGAAGCCCUCGCGCGGCGGUGGACGUGGCGAUACGCGAUGCACGACAUCCUACCUCACUGAGACGCGGUAAAGUUCACAAUCGACUGGCAGAAGCUGUUCUGAGACUAGCCCGCUUGGAAGAGGUACCUAGUCUAUGAAUGAAUCUAAAUUAAAUCUAGCUAUUGAGGCCUUGAAAUUCUGUUCUGAUGCCUUCCCUCUGCUACAAAGCAUAUUGUAAUAUAUUUUAUGUAUUUCAUGCUACAAAACAUGUUUGUCUGAUGCUUAAUGGAAUUUAGUGGUUUCAGUAUAAAGUAGUAGACGAGUAAAAUGUAUCAUUUAUGUAGUCUAUGUCCCAUAUUCCUUAAAAUUAUGGAUUGUAUAAUUUUUGGUACACAGAAACUGCAACAAUGUUAGUCAAAGUUAUUUAUUAGUAUUAUUAAUCUUACAAUCAACACUGGUAUUUAUCAAAUAUGGAACCCUAAAAAGACAGUUAUGUGUUUUGGGUGGCUCUUUAAAAUUUAUGAUGAGUUGUAGACCACAGGAAACUACUGUCUUGCCGGCUACAACGCAUUUUGCAAUCAGUCAAAGGGUGCAAUCACUUGUAAAAAGUUUUUAGAUCGUGAAUGUGACAUCACAAGUCUAAUUUUUAAUGUUGUGGGCAUUGUCUAUCGUAUCUCAUGGUCUGACCUUGUGUAAAUAGUCCAUUAAACUAUCAAGUUCACGGUUUUUGCCAAUAUUUUAGUUAAUUAGCUUAAUAAAAAG